AUGAGGAUGGAUGAGACAGAUAAAAAAGCGCAAACAAUGGCGUUUGUAAAGAAGUACCAGACUAUGUACCAAAUGUACAUGGACCGGCUGACUCCUCAUGUAACAUUCAGAUGGGGCGCAUUGGGGGGCGGUCUGUUACUAUUCUUUCUUCGAGUUGCAUAUGGCGAGGGCUGGUACGUGGUAUGCUAUGGGCUCGCAAUCUACCUCCUCAACCAGUUUUUGGCCUUCCUUACACCCAAAUUUGAUGUUUCACUACAGCAAGAUGAAGAAAACGACGAGCUUGAGGCUGGUGAGAGAGUUGAGGAAUUCAAACCUUUCAUCAGAAGACUGCCGGAGUUCAAAUUUUGGCAUAACUCGAUCAGAGCACUAGCCGAGUGCUCUGUCAUGACGUUAUUCCGAAUCUUUGAUAUACCUGUAUUCUGGCCCAUUUUGGUCAUGUAUCUUAUCCUGCUCUUCGCCUUGACCAUGAGAAGACAAAUUCAGCACAUGAUAAAAUACAAGUACACUCCUUUAGACAUUGGUAAGAAAAGGUACACUUCCAGGGACUAA